AUGAGUGAAAGCGCUGAUAAUUCUGCGACUCCAAAGGAAGAAAUCGAUCGUUCUACACUGCUAAAUGCUGCUAUGUGCUAUGCAAUCCAUUCAAAGAACCACAACCUUCUAAAUGAUAUCCUUGAUAAAGGGGCCGAUCCCAACUUCUUUUACCCCAACCAGUCCCCGAAAAAUCGAAAAAAAUUCACCAAAGCUCUUGUCCACUUCUAUACAUAUGGCAUGAAAGCCAUUGAGGAGCUACAAACCGAGGGCACCGUCUAUUUGUAG